UUCAAUUCAAUGAGUCCUGUUCGAGAAAAGUUCAGUUUCUCGGAAGAACUCCUUGGAAUGUUCAGAACCCAGAGCUGGAAAAGGUUGUGCGGCCGCCGGUCCUAUCAUGAAAAACGCGACUACUAUGAAGUACUUGGUGUCAAACGUAAUGCUACGCAAGAAGAAAUAAAAGCAGCUUUUUAUACAAAAUCGAAGCAGUUACAUCCUGACAAGAGUAACAAUGGCAAGACAGGAGACUCGACGGCUGAUUUUGUUGAUCUGAAGGAAGCAUAUGACGUAUUGCGGAGGCCAGCUGAUAGAAGAGCGUACGAUAUGCAAGGGUUCAAUGAUGAACGACUGAAAUAUCAGGAUCCGUACUAUUACUACCGACGUCGCCAACGGCGUCCAGACGAGCAGUCUGGAUUUUAUGGAGCGACCGCUGGUACCACGGGAAGCAUGCGUGAUUCAGAAUUCAGGCGAAAAUCUGAAGAUCACUGGCGUUUUGUCAUGAAAGUGACGGCCAUAGGACUGUUGUUGGUCGCAGCGUACAAUAUUAUAUACGUGAUGCAGCUGCGAGCUCGGGAACGCAAACUUUCCCAACUUAUUGAUGAAGAUGAAAUAGCAAAGUCAUUCAUGAGGCAGCCGGAAUUGAAGGAUGUACUAUUGGAUGAAUUGGAGAUGCGUGAACUUGGUCGAAUUUUGAAAGGAGAUGUAGAUGAAGCGUGGAGAAGGAAACAGGAAACUUUGGCAGGGAAAAAUCCCAACGAAAUCAGAGAGGAAUACAGGUGGGACUCCGGUCUUCAUACUGCAAAGAACCUCUUCCUGAGAGGAGCAACGGUGAUCCUAACGUGUCGUGAUGAAGUUCGUGGACGGGCUGCUUUAGAAGCUGUACAGUCUCAACCUGGUGUCGAUGACCGGUCACCGGGAGGUCGUCUUCACCUCUUCACUUUGGAUUUGACGUGCUACCAGUCGACCUUAAACUUUUGCCAUGAAAUAAAGCAACAUUUUGACAGAAUCGAUGUACUCAUCAAUAAUGCUGGAGUGAUGGGGCUCGCGUUCGAGCUUUCACGAAACGGCAUUGAGAUGCAUUUCGCUACAAACGCAUUCGGUCAUUAUGUGUUGGUGAACAAUCUACUUACAUUGUUGGAGAAAAGUGAUGAUGGAAGAAUCGUGAUCGUUUCUUCUGGACUGUAUAAAGGUGUGGACCACAUCCCAUCGAUUCGGCAACUGAUGGGCGAGCAUGAUUGGGACUACCAAGCAAGAUUUGCGUAUGCUCUCAGCAAGUUGGCCAAUUGUCUUCAUGCAGUAGAAUUGGCGAAGCGUCUGACGGCGAAUCGUUGUUCGACGAAAGUGUAUGCGAUCCGUCCAGGUUUUGUUGGAGGAACAGAAUUGGGACGUGAAACGCAUUGGCUUUUGCGAACUCUGGCGUCUCCAGUUAUCUGGCUGUUUUCCAAAAACCUUGACCAGGGAAUUGAGUCUAUCGUUCAUUGUGCUGUAACGCGGAAUGAUGAGCUCACUUCGGGUGCGUUAUAUCACGGUUGUCAAGAGGAACCGUACGGACCUAUGGUCACGCAGGAGAACGCUGCAGAUAUGUGGAAGAUGUUCAGAAGAAUGGAAGAGUUGAUAUUGAUAAGGUGUCAUACCUUAACGGAGGAUGAUAGACGUCAGGCUGAAGAGGCAAGAAGGGUACUCCCAAAAAGUUAA